UCCUCAGUGUCCCUGUGUGCAGAUUUCAGAAAAGCACAAAUGACUGAGGCUGAAAAACCUUCAUACAGUCUACUGGUAACUGGGUCUCCUGAAUGCAGCAAUGAAGCAAAGCUUGAAAACCCUUUUGGAGCUUCUCCCUGGCAAGCAGAAACCCAUCCAGAUGUUGAAAAUCAUACAGGAGAAACACCUGUAGGGACUGAGUUUAAUUCAGUGAGCAGCACCCUGCCACCAAGCUCCCACCUGCACAUCUGCUCCACAGCUUUCUGCUGCCUGACUCGCUCUCAAAGUCACUCAUCUUUAUUGAGCAACGUACCAAGGAACAACUUAACACGGGCAGCAAGCUUACCAUCCAUGAAGUUACAUGAGUAUACACCCAACAUCAGUGUUGAUGAUUUUGGUGAUGAAACCUACAUGUUCCAGUGCUCCUGUCCAGGCCUGUACCAGUGCAGUGUGACCAACCUGGUGUUUGUCAUGAAGGGAGAAGGAGAUGUGGUUUACAGGACUGUCCCUUGGAACAGAAGGCUGCUGGCCCAACACCACAAGAAGCCUGCAGGACCUCUGUUUGACAUCACGUGUCCUCAGCAGUCUGUGUGUCAGCUUCAUAUCCUACACUGUGAGGUCAUCUCCACAGGUGGAGGCCAGUUCUUGCAGGUUGCUCAUGUGAAAGAAGAGGGCAUCGAGUUUAUCCACCCUCACAAGAUAACCAAAACUCAUGCUAUUAUAAAUAUCGAAGGGUUUUCUGCUUAUGGUAAUGUCAAGGAUGAAGACUCUCCUCCUGACCCAGUCCAAUCAUUGGUUCUGCUCUUCUACAAACCCCCAAACGAUUGUAAUCCCAGAUCUGUCCUCAGUGUGUUCAUGUUGCCACGUAAUAUUGUGUUCCCCAAAAUGCGGCGUGACAGGAAGAAGUCAGACAAAACUGAGAUAUACAUCGAGACAACCUCUGACUGCAAACUGCAUCCAAAGCAGGCUUACACUCUGGCCACUGAUCCUGAACAUGACCUCGUUAAAGUUAAACCAAAACAAGCUGAUUUUCAAGAGGAGUCCUUCGAAAGCUACUUCCCAUCAUUUCAGGUGUUCUUAAAGGAAGUCUUUACAGAUAUUAAUCUGUGUCUGAGAGACAAGAGCAGCUCCACCUGUGUUUGGGAAACAGAGGUUUGUCUUUUUCCUACUGGAGGAACAACUGGUACUGUGAAAUCUUUGGAUGCUGGUCCAGAAAAGAUACGAAGGAGCUUCAUCGAAAGUAUAUCAGGACCUGUUCUCAGCAGUCUGCUGCACCACCUGCUGGAAAAAAAAGUGUUAACUAUAGAUGAAGUGGACGAAGCAAAAACAGUGAAAAACAGAAAAGAUAAAGCUAGUUGGGUUUUUGACACUGUGAGCAGGAAAGGUGGUGAUUCAGAAAUGUUUGAGGUUCUCCGUGAGGAGGAUCCCUUUCUCUAUAAACAUCUAGGUUUGAAAUAAAAUGGAGAGCUGUCACAUACAGAUGAUCUUGCUAACAGCCACUGUCACUAAACAUAACAUUCUCAGUGCUCCUAGGACAGUGCUGUCCAAACGCUGAAUUUGUACCUACCUAGCUGUUAAUCUCUUCAAGGAGUAAAGAAAAACGCAUUACUCAUCGAUUUAUUCUUAUUGACUUGUAGCAUUUUAUGACACACAACAAUUAUAGAUGUGUAAUUUUUAACUUUUUCAUGGCAUGAUAGUGUAUUUCUUAACAAUAUCUAUUUGUUUCAUGUAGUUUUUAAUAUUAUAUUUAAACAUUUUCAUUUAAACCUUUCGCCAAAUGUGUGAUUGCAAAUUUCUGCAUGUUUUUUUGUUUUGUUUUAGAAUUUGAUUUUUUUUUUCCUGCGUACUUCUGAUGUUAUAAGUUUUAAUUUAAUUUUUUGUUGGGUUUUUAUUUUUUGGUUCAUGGCAAUGUCUGCAGGAUAUUUUCUGAUAUAUUUACUGUAUAAUUACUGAUUUUUGCCUUGUCAGAUUAUUGUAAACUCUUUCACUUUUACCAACAUAAAAUCACAUCUUAAUUAAA